UAGCGCCGUCAGUUCAACCGUGGAUGCCGUGUUGACAGUGUGUGCGAGCGUUCCCGUUGCCCUUUUUUGCCUUUGCAGCACAAUCGAAAACGCGUACCGGUGUGUUUAUUUUCUGUUCCGUCACAAUCGUCCACGCACACGUGCGUUGUUUGUGUUGCGUAUCUAUUAUUGCGCGAAUGCAUUUCGGUGUGUUUGCAUGAUCGAUUUGUGUCCACCGGCACGAGUGUACUAGCAGCCCAGCCAAACACACAAGUGCGCUGUUUGAAUUUAUAUUUGUCCCAGUUGGAUUGCAAUACAUCGACUGUACAAAUAUCUGUUGCAUCGAUUAGUGUGGGCCGUACUGUGGUGAGUGUGCUUCUACCGUUUAUUGUGACCUCUGUGGUUUGGUUUUCUGGUACAAAAACCCCCUUUUACCGUAUGGUAAUAAAGCGUUGGUGGCGAAAAGAAAAAAGAUCCAGAGCAAUCGAUAUCAGCUGCCGUUUGGCGUUUCCUCUUGCGUGUAAUUUCCGCGUGUGCAAUUUUCUAACGCGCGGGCCCGCGCCUGUGUGUGUUUGUGUCAAUAGUGUUGCCGCAGGAAGCGGAAGGGCUUUCGGGAGGGGUAAAUAGUGUUUGCAUAGUCACCAUCAAAUCAGCUAAACAGCUGGCUCGUUGGGCGUUCAACCCACGCCCGAAAGGUGAUAAGCUACGCGCUGGGGUAGGUUGUUUACAUACACCGGUUGCCACUAAUAAAUCCGGCAGCGUGAUAAGAUAAGGCGUGCGCGGGAGGAGGAGCAUACAACCGGUGUGCAUUGUGAUAAAACUAUAUGCUCGUUGGCCGGUUGGCGACAUUUGGCCCUCCAGUGUGUGUAAGCUCGCGGUGACUUUUGGGGCGUAUUAAGUGCUGCUUGAUUGGUGGAAAGAGUUGGAACUGUUGAAAUAUUCAGCUCAAGAGAUUGGCAGAAUUCCCUCAAGGAUAUAUUGGUGAUCUUUCAACCGUAAUACGUUCAAAUACGGCAACCUGUCAGUAACACUAUGUAAUUUGGGCGUCGGGGCCACCUUCGGCGAGUCCAUCCUGCACGAUCUGCCCCGGGACAGUACGGUAGUGACGAAAACAACCUGCGAGCUGCUGCGCGUGGAGCAGCAAGAUUUCAGACUGAUUUUUGAGAAAAAUAAAGAAUUAAUGAACGACAUAAUCACCAACUGUAGGCUAAAAAAUGGAUUUGGUCAGAGCAUGCAGACGACCAGCACGGUCCAGACGAACGUGCAGCAGCAACCGUCGCCAACGAAAAAGCAGCUCAGCCCGGAUCAUCCAAAUCCUGCCGCACCAAUUACGGAGAUACCAAGCCCCGCAAUGUCCCGCAUGGGUUGGGCCCUCCGUACUCUCCUAGUGUCAGACAAUACAAGCUGUUUAAAGGACCGAAAGGUGGGUGGAAAAUUCAUAAGGAAAUGCGCUCCCGGCACGGAGCUGGUCGAAUGGUUGCUGAAUCUCUCGCCGAUCGUGCACACGCGAACGCAGGCCGCCGGCAUGUGGCAGGCGCUGCUGGAGGAAGGCGUCCUGUGUCACGUGGCAAAAGAGCAACCGUUCAAAGACAAGUGCUUUCUGUAUCGCUUCAAGUCGGACGAGGACGGUACGGCCGGCGGUGCGCCCACGUCCGACGAUGUUAACCACGCGAACGAACACAUCCGGGAGGCACUUCCGGCGCUGCUGCAUCGCGGCCCGGAUGCAACGCUCCGUAUGAUCCUGCGGAAACCAUCGCAUGAACGAACGCAGGAAGAGCUGGAGCUCGUGUACGAGGAGCUGCUACAUAUCGCCGCCCUAUCGCACCUGUCAACCUCCAUCAAGCGUGAGCUGGCCUCCAUUAUCGUCUUCGAAGCGCACGCACAUGCCGGCACCGUAUUAUUCAACCAAGGUGAUGAGGGACGAUCGUGGUACAUCCUGCUGAAAGGUUCCGUUGACGUAGUUAUCCACGGCAAGGGCACGGUCGCGACGCUCAAGGAAGGGGACGACUUUGGUAAGCUGGCCCUCAUCAACGAUGCACCCAGGGCGGCCACGAUCGUGCUGAAGGAGAACAACUGUCAUCUGCUGCGCGUGGACAAGGAGCACUUCAAUCGCAUCUUGCGCGAUGUGGAAGCGAACACGCUGCGGCUGCAGGAGCACGGCAAGGACGUACUAAUACUGGAGCGGGUUGCCAAACAGCGCGGAUAUUCGGCAUUCAAAUACACGGUCAUGUCCGGCACGCCCCAGAAAAUGCUCGAACACCUGCUGGAAACGCGGCUCGGUGGGCAGGCGGGACCGAACGAUCCGUUCCUGGACGAUUUCCUGCUCACGCACAUCGUCUUCAUGCCGACGCCGCUGCUGAUCGACGAGCUGGCCGCCAACUACCAUGCCGAUGCGGACAUUGACCUGCGGCAGGCGAGCGAGGAGGACCAGGAGUACUUCCUGACCAGCAAACGGCGCGUGGUGCAGUUCAUACAGCGAUGGGUACUGGCCGUCCGGCACGCCGUGUUCGACGACCCGCUAGCAGUGGAGUUUAUUGAGGAGCUGGCGACGGACGUUGAGGCGGAACCGGCACUGCAAGAGGAGGCGAGCAUCAUACAUCACGUGCUAACGCAAUUAUCCCGAUAUCAGGAGGACCGCCAGAUGAACGCGACCCAGAAAUGGAAACUCCCACCGAACGGACAGCCGAUCUGCCUGUUCAGUGGCAACACACACUCAAAGACUGUUAUACGCCCGGAUGACGAUAUAAUUUUCCGUGUGUACUGCGCCGAUCAUACGUACUGCACGCUGCGCUUCCCGAUGGCCACCACGGCCGAGGUUAUUAAAGCGUGUGCCGCCGACAAGCUGCAGAUCGCCCGGCUACCCGAAGAUCUGCUCCUGGUGGAGGUUAAAUCGAGCGGCGAGCGCGUCGUGUUCAAGGACAACGACGUGAGCGUACCGACAGCGCUCAGCCUGAAUGGACGGAUCUUUGUCUCGCCCAAGGACCAUCUGGACGCGCUGACCCCCCUACCCGAGCAGGAAGUACCGACGGAGGCACCGGACGUGGACUUUGAAGCACUGUCGACCAAGGACGUCGCCUAUCACAUGACACUGUUUGACUGGGAUCUGUUCUGGGCUGUGCACGAGUACGAGCUGCUGUACCAUACCUUUGGACGACAUCAUUUCAAUAAGAUCACUUCAAAUUUGGACGUUUUUAUCAGACGGUUUAACGAAAUACAGUAUUGGGUAGUGACGGAGAUCGUCUCGACGACGAAUCUCACCAAGCGGAUGUCACUGGUGAAAAAGUUCAUCAAACUGGCCGCAUUCUGCAAAGAGUACCAGAACCUGAACGCAUUCUUUGCCAUCGUGAUGGGACUGUCGAACACGGCCGUCUCGCGGCUCUCGAUGACGUGGGACAAACUGCCGUCCAAGUUCCGGAAGCUGUUCACCGAGUACGAGGCACUGAUUGAUCCGAGCCGGAACCAUCGCGCCUAUCGGAUGUCAGUGGGCAAGCUGCAGCCUCCAGUGAUUCCCUUCAUGCCGCUGCUGCUCAAGGACAUGACGUUCGCCCACGAAGGCAACAAGACCAGCCUGGACGGGUUGGUAAACUUCGAGAAGAUGCACAUGAUGGCGCAAACGAUGCGUGCGGUACGCUUCUGUCGAUCACGCCAUCUUGUACUUGAUCCUCCCUCGCCGAAGAACGAGAACGAAAUCCGCAACUACAUCCGCUGCUUCCGGACGAUCGAUAACCAAAGAGUGCUCAACUCGAUGUCACAGAAGGUGGAACCGCGUCGAUCUUAAGGAUGCUUCACAGCGCAAAAAACGCAUCGCAACAGCCACCCCACCAAUUCCGACCACCAGUUGCGCAUAUGAAAGGUCAAGCUGGUACCGAGAGACCAAAAACCCGCCCAAUCCUACAAUUGCCCGGUUGUUCUGGGUAACGUUUUUCUUUUCGUGAGAACAGAAUCCCAGCGCGCACGGUACUUUUGAUGGUUUUUACCAUUUGCAAACCGAACAUACCUUUGUUGUAAGAUAACAUUUUUGAAAAGGUAAGCACAGCUACUGACACAGAGUCGAGUGUGUUUGGUACUUUGUCUCUUGUGAGAGUAUUUAUUAAUGUCAUUCCCAACCCUGUGUGUAUUUUACUUCUCAUCGAUUUUGUCCACAGUUUGUUUGUGAUGUUAAGAUCUGGAUCAGUUAUACAACAGCAACACUUCUCAGUUUCGUUUCCCCCUUUAAUCCUACAAAUAUCGAAUAACUUCUAUCACCCUUUACCUUUCCACUGUUGGUUUUGUAAAUUAGUUUGUAUGAAGAUAUUUAAGUUGUAUUUUGUUUUAAGCGCACUUUGGUCUUGAAUAAACAUCUCGACGAUUAAAGUACUGUAA